CUUCAUUAUCGUUUGGAUCUGAAAAUUUGAAGUUCUAUCAAUUUUUUUUUCCUGUGCGCUUUUGAAGAUCAUCGAAAAUUCACAAUCUUACAAACCUCACUUCAUAUUAAUUAGACGGCCAUGAGUACAGAGAAAUCAGAUAACCCGAAAGAAAAAGGAGGCCCUUCUAAAGGCUCGUUAAAGGAGGCAGCUCAAAAGAGACGCCAGGUCUUCAAACCUAUACUUGACAAUCCAUAUACACAGUCGAACCUCUGGCCAGAAGUCAGACCGCAAGAUGCAACUAAUAUAGAACAGCUUCUAUGUCUGCAUCUCUCUCCCCUCGGAAGGUUUAACGAGGCAUUAAAAGAGUCGAAAAGUAAAUCGAUAGACAAAGAUAGGGGAUUACUCCCUGACCAACCGUCAAUAGCCUCCGAGAUGACCAUUGGGUUCAAUUCUACAGUCAAAGCACUAGAAGAACAGGCAUCAGUACACAGGAUGAAGCUUAAAAACACCAAAAAGCACAAAGAAUCAGAUAAUACCACCAAAAAGGCUUAUAUUAAAUAUGUGUUUGUUGCCAAAUCAGAUAUUCGUCCACCCCUUCUUAUACAAUCAUUUCCUACUCUAGCCUUCACUGCUUCCAAGUCAGCAGAGGACCGUGUGAAAUUGGUUGAGUUACCAAAAGGUGCAAUGAAUAGGCUAUCAGAUUCCCUUAAGAUACCGAGUACUUCUAUAAUAGGUAUGACAAAAAAUGUAAAGGAAGCUGGAUCUUUGUACAAUAUGAUCGAGUCCAACAUAACUGACGUAAAAGUUCCUUGGUUAGAAAGCCUCUUUGACAAUCCUGAAAAUCUUCGGCCAUUGUUCCACAAACCAGCCUUGAAGGUUUUAGCCACCUCUGCCCCAAUAGCAUCGAAAAAGAAUAAGAAGGACAAUAAAGAAAAGGAUAGCCAAAUGAAUAGUAGCUCUAAGUCAAAAUAGAUUAUAGAUUAACCCG